AUGAGCGAAGACCUGAGCGAUCCGGUGCCUCCCGCGGUGCGAAAGAAAAAGUCAGCACUUUUUGAAGUGUCUGAGGUUAUACCAGUCAUGACAAAUAAUUACGAGGAAAAUAUCCUGAAAGGCGUGCGGGAGUGCAGCUAUUCGCUGGAGAGUUCCGUGGAGCUUUUGCAGAAGGACGUGGUACAGCUCCAUGCCCCGCGAUACCAGUCUAUGAGAAGGGACGUGAUUGGCUGUACUCAGGAGAUGGAUUUCAUUCUUUGGCCUCGGAAUGACAUUGAGAAAAUUGUCUGUCUCCUGUUUUCUAGGUGGAAGGGAUCUGAUGAGCCUUUUAGGCCUGUUCAGGCUAAAUUUGAGUUUCAUCACGGUGACUAUGAAAAACAGUUUCUGCAUGUACUGAGCCGCAAGGACAAGACUGGAAUUGUGGUCAACAACCCGAGCCAGUCCGUGUUUCUCUUCAUCGACAGGCAGCACUUGCAGACUCCAAAAAACAAAGCUACAAUCUUCAAGUUAUGCAGCAUCUGCCUCUACCUGCCACAGGAACAGCUCACCCACUGGGCGGUUGGCACCAUAGAGGACCACCUGCACCCUUACCUGCCCGAAUAA